CAAAGACUUUUUGAAAUUUUAGUAAAAUUAUCUGAAUGUAAGCACAUUCUUAGAUUUUAUGGUGUUUCAAUAAUUGAAAAUAACAAUGUUAUGGUUUUUGAAUGGGCUGAACGUGGAACUUUGAGACAACUAUAUUUAAAAAAACACAUCUUAUGGCAUUAUAAGGUUCGAAUUGCUCUUGAAAUUUGUCGUGGCCUUAUUUUUUUACAAUACGCUGAUAUUUUGCAUCACGACCUGAAAUGUGAAAAUAUUUUAAUAACAGAAAAUUUAGAACCUAAAAUAUAUAAUUUUGAGUUAGCAAAUUAUUCUGAUAAAAAUACUACUUCAUUACCGAUAGAUGUAACCGCUGCUGGAGACAUAAUUCCUUGGUUAGCUCCUGAAAAAUUAACCGGUUCUCGAUACACAACCCAAUGUGAAAUUUUUAGUUUUGGUAUGUUACUUUGGGAGCUUGUUUUUGAAAAAAUUCCAUAUCAA